GGUCCCUAAAAAGGCGGUGCCGUCAAACAACUACGUCAUCAUUAGUGGACGAACCGCGUUGAGCCAACCUCAGCAUUUUCUUACAAACUAGUUCAAAAGCCCACACAAAUGGCCUCAGCCGAUGCGUAUAAAGUGUCUUCCCUGCGGGGGAAAGUCACCCUGAUAACGGGGGCCAGCUCGGGCAUCGGCGCGGGAGCGAGCCUCCUCUUCGCCAAACUCGGGGCCCUGUUGGCCCUCAACGGCCGCGACGUGGACAACCUGAAGAAGAUCGCCAAGCAGUGCACCGACUGCGGAGCAGCCGAGCCGCUGCUCGUGACCGGAGACCUCACGGACGAGGAGACGGUGCGGAGGACGGUGGAGCGAACCGUCGCUCACUUCGGCCGCCUGGACGUCCUCAUCAACAGCGCCGGCAUCCUGGCGAUGGGCAGCAUAGAGACCAGCGACCUGGCUCAGUACGACAAGGUCAUGGACGUCAACGUCAGAGCCGUAUACCACCUGACUCAGCUCUGUGUGCCCCACCUGAUCAAGACCAAAGGCUCCAUUGUCAACGUGUCCAGUGUGAACGGGCAGAGAUCGUUCCCCGGCGUGCUGGCCUACUGCAUGUCCAAGUCCGCCAUCGACCAGUUCACGCGCUGCACGGCGCUUGAGCUGGCACCAAAGCAAGUCCGAGUGAACUCUGUCUGCCCCGGUGUGAUCAUCACCGAGGUCCACAAGAGAGCAGGACUGGACGAGGACCAGUACGCCCAGUUCCUGGCAAAGUGCAAGCAGACCCACGCCCUGGGCCGCCCGGGGGAGGUGGAGGAAGUGGCCAGCAGCAUCGCCUUCCUGGCGUCCGACGCCGCCAGCUUCAUCACCGGGGUCAACCUCCCCGUCGACGGCGGACGCCACGCCAUGUGCCCGAGAUGAGAAGAUAAAAAUCACGUGUGUGUGUGUGAGAAGAGCUCUUUCCACCUCUUUCCUUUAUUUAAUUACCGCUAAAACUGAGAGCGAAGCCCGAGAGAGAAUAAAAGAAGGGAAGUACUUCAAGGACGCCAAUUUGUCCUCCAUGUUUACGAAGGGGAAGCCGUCAGGAAGCUUGAACCACAUAUAAACCGCAGGCAGUGUAAACGAGUCUUAUUUUCUCACUUUGCCAUCGACCCUUUUAUUUGAUGAAAAGAAAAAAAAUUAAAGCCGCUUAUCAACAAAAGUUUCCGAUUUUUUUUAUUUUUAUUCAAUCACCUGUUGAGUCACUGCUUCGUUUCGCGCAGCAUAAAAUGUCCACACAGAUUAAAGGGCGAGAGCUGCGGCCCCCGACCGCUUCAUGCGUGGUAAUGAAAUCCUCUGAGUUUAUGGAUUGGCGGCAGGACCAGUCGCAACUGCUGCACCUCUGAGUGACGAAAGCAUAAAUAAUCCAGAGGGUGAUACUGGAAAAUACAGUUGAUUGUCAGACAGAUUAAUAAAAAUAAAAAAAUGAAA